GAACCAAGACACCCCUUAUCACUACGACUCGACCUUGCCGCUGCCUCCCCCUCCUCCUCCCCCCCGCCCCCGGAAGAAUCGGAAGAAGCCCCAGUGCCCCUGUCUCCCCCACAGCAGCCCAAGCUGUCCGUAUCGGUCGGUGAUAAUGGGAUGGCCUCCAACAACGUGAACGCACUGCGUUCUCUCGACGGUGGCGACGACGACACGAAGAGGAAAAGGGUUAGUAAACGGCGAGCUCCAGCUGAUAAAUCGUAUUGUAUAACAAAAGAACUCCUGAUGACAGAACGAACUUUUAAAAAGGACCUGGAAGUCAUUACACAGUCUUUCCAAAAUGCUGUGAACUCUGUGAUGCCUGAUUAUCUUUCUCAUCUAAUGUUCUCUACCCUUUGUCCCAUCUACAACUUCCAUUGCAACUUCAUCAGGAACAUAGAGCAGAGAAUUAUUUCAUGGGAAGGCAAAUAUAACACCCCAGUAAGUCCAGAAUCGCAGAAAAUUGGUAACGUCUUGCUAGAACUGGAUACUGUCCUUCCUAUUUAUCGAACUUACUUAGAUCGGCUUGAAGAGAUGCUCUCCGAAUUGGAACUAACCCUUAAACGGAACAGAGAAUUCGAGCAGUUGUACAAAGAAUUUGAGGCUGAAAAAACGUGUUACUUGCCUUUGAAUACCUUCCUCCUAAAACCCGGACAACGACUUCUACAUUAUCGGUUAAUACUUGAAAGACUGUUGAAACACUAUAACCAAGACCACCCUGACUACAAAAAUUGCCAAGAAGCACAUAGCCAUAUUCUUGAAGUAAUCAAUCUGUCUAGAGAAAAAAUGCAAAAAGUGGAUAAUUUACAGAAGCUUAUAGAACUCCAGCGAGAUUUGGUCGGAAUUGACAGUCUCAUACAUCCAGAUAGGGAAUUCAUUCGAGAAGGAUGUCUGCAGAAGUUUUCCCGUAAAGGAUACCAACAGAGAAUGUUCUUCUUGUUUUCAGAUAUGCUAAUCUACACAAGUCGGACAGCAACAUCUCUACUCCAGUUUAAAGUGCACGGCCAGUUACCUCUUCGAGGAAUGAUGGUCGAAGAAUCUGAUAUUUCCAAAGUAGCUGUGGCAAAUAGUUUUACAAUCUAUGGUGGAAACAAAUGUAUUCUCGUUGCUGCCAGUUCUGAAGAAGAGAAAGACAAGUGGAUUGAAGACUUGAACUUCUCAAUUUCUAUGGCCAAAAAACAAACUGAUGAUAGGCUGAAGUAUGGCAGCAUUCGGUCCACUACUAGCUCCAAUGAGAAUGUUUCUACAACCGGCUCCUCGGAUAUCGACAAACUCGGUACGUCUCCUCCUAGCCCAGAAAAGCAAAUACAACAUCGAGGCAACACUACUAUGCAUGUAUGUUGGCACCGUAACACCAGUGUGAGUAUGAGAGACCACGACAAAGCUGUUAAGAACCAGCUCAGUGGUUAUCUCCUGAGAAAAUUCAAAACCAGCAAUGGAUGGCAAAAGCUAUGGGUGGUUUUCACAAAUUUCUGCUUGUUUUUCUACAAGACCUACCAAGAUGAAUUCCCUCUGGCCAGCCUCCCAUUGCUUGGUUAUGCUGUCAACAUACCAUCAGAAGAAGACAAGAUCACCAAGGAUCAUGUCUUCAAACUCCAGUUCAAAAACCAUGUCUAUUUCUUCCGAGCAGAAAGUGAAUACACAUUUCAGAGAUGGAUUGAAGUGGUCAAAUGUGCCACCAGCAGUGCCCGCAGAUUACGUGUUUUCAGUCGGAUGGAGAGUGAACAAGGGGCAGAGAAAUGCUAACCACCUUUGCUGGACUGAGUUAAUUACACCAAUACACACAGACACACACAUAUCUCCAUAAACACACCACACAUGCAUACACAAAUCUCUGACUACUACUGAGUACUGAAUGACAGCCUCCUCUUCUCUCUGAAUUUUUUUUUUAUUCUUUUACUACUUCAUACUUCGCAUGGGCCUCUAACUGUUUCGGUCCAAGUUACACUUUGAGCCCUGUCACACAUUAUGUAACAGCUUUACAGUAUGUAACAUGUCACAACACAGAAGUCACAUUAUUCUGUGGGUUUGUUGCACUGUGUGCUGUCAUGCUUUGUCACAUACAACACGGAUUGCCACACUUCAUGUGAGCUGUGUUACAUAUUGUUACAAGCUGUUUUGACACACGGCUGUCUGGUCUCACUCUUAUACAGAAUCCGACCAGAUAUUUUGCAUAAGCCCUCACUGUUACACUUUGUGAGAUGUCAUAUAUACAGUCACACACAACUUCUACACAUCCUACAUUGAUCACACACCAGUUUGUGACAGCCAACAAUGUGUAACAAACUGGCUGGCUCCCCUAUCACAAACUAGUGGAGCUUGUCACAGACCACUGGCUGUAACUGUGUCCGCAUUAUUGCUCAUAUUUUUUUUUUCUUUUUCUCAUAAGCAUUAUGGUGACAUAGAAUACUACUACAACUACUGCUAAUACUACUACUACCAUCUCAACAAAAAGAAAACAAAUAAACAAAAGAUGAAAAAAAUCUGAAGAAAACCUGGACUGCUGUUUGGGCUUUAUAUAUAUAUAUAUAUGUGUGUGUAUAUAUAUAUAUAAUCCAAUUAGAUGUAUGGUAAAUAACGAGAAAUGAAACAGCUGUCUCUCUCUCUCUCUCUGCAACUGUUAUUCUGGGGGUGGGGUGAAGGCAGGGAGAAUGUGACCAACGAAAAAAACAAGUGUAGGAAAUGAUGUGUUGUCCUUCCAGUAUGUCUUGGCUUUUGUUUUCUUUCUCACCACCAUCUCUGUUUUUUUAGUAGAGUAGUGGUGGUUGUGGUAAGCAUAUGUGACAAGAGUGGGUGAAGAUGAUGAAUGAGUCCAGGUAGACUGGAUUGCUGCGAGUAAGGGUGCAAAGAUAUGCUGCUGGGCUUUGAGAGUCGGUGAGAGAUGUGGGCAGAAUUGUUAGAGAGAGAAGUGCUGAA